AUGGCUGCUACGGAACCUACAAACCACGUCUCCUCACUUUUCAGCUCGCUGUUAGAGCAAUCGCGAAAACUUCGGCAGGAAACGGAUAAUGAUGGACUAGAAACCGUCCAGCUUGGAUUGAACGAGCUCGAGAGGAGGGCCAAGGACCUGAAGAAGACCCGCGAAGGGGCGCAAACCGAUGCAAGAGCGCAUUAUUUGUUGGCUGCUGGUGGGAUUAACACGGAUGAGGCUUUGCGCGACCUGGACUCUAUAGAUUUCCAGAACGCUUAUGAGCCAUCUACAAUACGAGUUGACACCGAUAUCGAUACCUAUCUCCGCAACCGGAGAGAACAAAAUGUGAUGUCUUCGAUCGAAGACGGAAUGCGUCGGACAUCUCGAGAUUUUGAUGCUUUUGUCGCCAAGAAUGUUACAAUAGAAUGGGAGGCUCAAAAGCAGCGUAUCUUCGAACACUUCGGUCUUACGCCGCGAAAUGCUACAGCUCCAAGUGCUACAGCAGAUCUCGGCCACAAUACAUUUAAUGGGGGUCUCAGCGCAUUUGGUGCCUCUUCAUUCGGCGUCUCUUCUUUUGGCCGUUCCAAAUUGGGGCAGUCGUUUGGGCCUGGCGUUGCUGGUAGAGGGAGCGUUUGGGCAAAGUCUACAAUGGGCACUAGUGUUUUGGGCAGACCAACAGCUGCUAAUACUACCGGGGCUUCUGCUGCGAAAUUGUUCACGGAUGUUGAUCCUGCUCGACAGAAUGAUAUGAGUAGGCAAGUGCAGCUUAGACAAAAGCAGUUUUCGGCUGCUGUCAAACGUUUGAAUGAAGUCAGAUUAGAGAAUGGUGCUGAUGGCGGAAUCUAUCCUGUCAUGAAAGUCUUUGGCGAUAUCACCGGGGCUUCUGGAAAUGAUAUGGUAGGCUCUAUAGACUCAUCCGGAGGUGGUGGUGCGUCAAAAGCUUACAAAGAACUGGAACAGUUGACCUUACAACUUUACGAUUCCUGGAAACUACUAGGAUCCAUAACCAACGAAUCUGACAUCCGCGAUGGGAAUCCCUUUGGCGGCCCCCAUGAAAGGCAGUUUAUGAAAGACUAUAUUCUCAAUACUUCUCCUGAUAGUGCCGAGGCUUCCAGAAUGCGGAAGACUGUUCAAAAGGGAGCUAGACGGUUCCUAGAAAAACAAUUCUUAGAAAUGGUUGAGCGUUCAAUUGCCGAGAACCCCCAGAUCGCCAAAGUCGGCGGUAUUCCUUCAGUGUUCCACAAGUUCAGAGGUUACAUCAACGUUAAACUAGCUAACAAUAAAGACCUACCUGAAUGGGACCUUAAAAACUUUGAUUACGUAUCUGAUGUCCCCUGCUGGGCAAUUAUAUUUUACCUUCUCCGCGCCGGCUUUCUAGAGGAAGCAGACGAAUUUGUUAGGCAGAACCAACAGUCAUUCCAGAAACUUGAUCGAAGCUUCCCUACAUAUCUUCAUGCUUACUGUUCGGCGGGCGAUGAACGGCGCUUGCCUAGGAACUUGCUUGACAGGAUCCAGGGUGAGUACAAUAACCGUGUUCGGCAUUCGGAAGACACCAAAGACAUCUUUAAGCCGGCAGUUUACAAAAUAAUUGGAAGAUGCGAUCUUUCUAAAAGAUCUGUACCAAAUGUUAUGCCAACCGCGGAGGACUGGAUGUGGCUACAACUUGUGUUGGCUAGGGAGAUUGACAAAACGACCGAGCCGGCGCACGAGGUCUUUACUUUGAUAGAUCUUCAAAAGGGAGUUCUUCAGUUUGGCGCAAAGCAUUUCUCACAGAAAGGAAGCAAUGUUGGGCUGUACUUCCAAAUGUUAAUGAUGUCUGGCUUAUUUGAAGAUGCUGUCCACUAUUUAUAUUCAUUCCAAUACGUGGAUGGUGUUCAUUUUGCAAUUGCGCUCACAUAUUAUGGUCUCCUAAGACCAACUUCGAACCCCGCAAGUGUGGGUGGAGAAUUGCUCACCCUUGGUCAAAACGGAGAGAGGCAAAUCAACUUCCCCCGCCUAAUUGGCUAUUACACGAACGAUUUCCGUACACCUAAUGCCGAGGAAGCUGUCGACUAUAUCAGCCUUCUCUGUCUCAAUGCCGAUCUUCCUGCACCCACUGGACCAAACCAUAUCACAAUUUGUCACGAAUCUCUCCGUGAGCUCGUUCUUGAUACCAAAGAAUUUACCAAGCUUCUUGGUGAUGUUCGUGCAGAUGGGACUCGCGAGAAAGGAGCAAUAGAGAAGCGAAUGAGACUCAUCAAGCUUACCGAUCAGCGUGAAUAUCUUCGAACGAUUACCGAACAAGCUGCUGUUCAGGCAGAUGAUGAUGGUAGGGCCAACGACGCUGUCUUAUUAUACCACCUUGCGGAGGACUACGAUACAGUUCUCCAAAUUGUCAACAAGAAUCUCUCGGACUAUAUCGCGAGCGAGGAGGCUCCAAUACGUUACCAAGAUCCUACAGCGGCCAGUGGACUGUUGAACUCUAGCCUGAGUCUGACAAGCGUAGAGGAUCCAGUGCAACUGGCUCAAAACAUGCUUCAGAUGUAUGCGGCUAAUGUAUCUGUGUACACUAAGAUUGAAUUGAGAAAUAGGGAGGCUUGCGGUUUCCUACUUCGUAUCGCAGAAGCCAAAAAACUAUUUGCAAAUGGCGACUGGGAGUCCUGUUUAGUCACAAUCGAAGGUUUCGAUAUAAUCCCUCUCGAUCCCCGCGUAGACGUCGGAUCCAUCCGUCGGGCCGCUCAAAACUUCAGCACCCUUCACGAAACCGUCUCUCGAAAUAUCGGCCUCCUACUUAAGAUGGUAGUCGAGUGCUGCCAUCGUCUGAGCAUAGAUAUCAGGAAUAGCUUAUUUGCCGAUGCGAGCAGAGACCAGAAGUUGGUGGAGCUAAAGGCUAGGACGAAAUGUGCAAUGAUUUAUGCCGGAAUGAUUCAAUACAAGCUACCGGCAGAUGUGUAUGAGUUUAUCAAUAGUCGGGAUGUUACAGACGGGUUUUAG